CACAUCUCCAUUAAAAUAAAAAGUAUUAUCCCUUCAACAUUAUGGCUAAAGUAACAAUGUUUGGAGCAAUGUGUUUAGCCAUACUUUUUAUGGCUGUUACAGCUACCAGCUUUCGUACAACAAUUACCAUAGCUGAAGAAGAUGUUGAAAACCCAAGGGAACAAAUAUCUCAACGUUGCCAGCAGCAAGUACAAAGGGCACAGAACUUACGUUCUUGUGAACAGUAUUUAAGACAAAGCAGCAGAUUCACUGAGGAAGAAGAAGAAGAAGAGGAAAUGGAUCAACAAACCAGAGACUGGCGCCAAGCAUUCCCAAGGUGCUGUGAGCAGCUAGAACAGAUACAAGACGAGCAAUGCCGUUGUGAGGGAAUAAGGCAAGUGAUGCAACAGCAACAACAAAGAGGAGAAUUGCAAGGAAGAGAAAAGAGAGAGGCUUUUAGGACUGCCCAAAGCCUACCUGGUUUAUGUCGCAUUGCUCCUCAGCAAUGCCAAAUUCGAACCCGCAGCUUGGUCUCAUCAAAAAAAAUAAAAAAAAUUAUCAUCUUCAAAGUUAUCAACAUGGCUAGAGUAAUGAUCCUUGGAGCCAUUUCUUUAGCCAUACUGUUUAUGGCAGUGACAGUUUCUAGCACUCGUUUCACCAUCACCAUUGAUAAAGAGGCUGAGAAUCCACGGUCUCCACGCUGCCAGCAACAAAUUCAGCAGGCACAGCAGCUACGUUCGUGCCAACAAUAUCUAAGGCAGAAGGCUCAAUUUGAGGAAGAAGAGGACCAAAGCCGUGACGUACAAAAGUGCUGCCAGCAGCUACAACAGAUACAAGACCCACAGUGCCGUUGCGAGGGACUGAGACAAGUGGUCCAACAGGAACAACAACAAGGCGAAUUGCAGGGAAGAGAAAGGCAGCAAAUGCUUAGGACUGCACAGAACUUGCCUGGUUUAUGCCGUCUUAGCCCUCAGAGAUGUGAGAUCCAAACCCGCAGCUUGUUUUAAUUGUAUAAGGCAUAUAAGGCAGUGCACAAAUAUGCAAUGUAGCCUUUAUGCUUGUACUAGUCUCUUAUAAUAAAAGAGUUGUUGUAAACUCGUAGUAAUAAUAAAAUAAUUACACCUUUUGGUGUGAUUUUGCUGGCA